AUGUUUGUGUACCUUCGUUUUGACCUUCACCUUCGUGGUCUGUCGAACGACUUUGGCUUUGCCAGAUGGGCUGACGGGUUUCAAACCCCCGGUCAUGUAUGGAACUGAUGACGAUGACAAGCCAGUCAAGGACGACGUCUUUUUGCCAAGACAGCCCAAAGCAGCGCUGACCCGCACUUGGCCGGGAAUGAUCAACUUCCCAGACGCUACCGCCUUCAACAUCUUAGGCUCAAAACUGGACGGAAAAAUCGUGACUCCCAUUGACGCAAAUUUCUCCUCGCUGGCGCUGAUGAGGAACAUCCGGGUGACGAAACUUCCUUAUGUCAUCGUUCUGGUGGCUAGUGACCAGGACGUGGUGGAGACGAUGCUGUUUGCCAAAAAGUACAACCUGAUGGUCACCAUACAGUCGUCGGGCCACUCGUACAUAGGACGCUCUACUUUUGAUGGUUCUAUACAGAUUAAUUUCAAGGGCAUGACUAAGAGGACUGUCAAUCUGAACUCUUCCCGAAACCCUGCAGGGGAGAUCACUGUGGAGUCUGGCAACUCUUGGAUGGAUGUCUACACAGAGGUAAGCAAGAUCCAGACGGUAGAGAAUAACAAGACAGUGGGUCGUGUUAUUGUGGGUGGCAGCGCUCACACUGUAGCUAUGGGCGGCUACACACAGGGCGGAGGUCACAGCCCUAUGACUCGGACACUCGGACUGGCAGUGGACAAUCUCCUAGAGGCCACCCUGGUCACUGUAGACGGCCGGAUACUGACCGUGUCCGAGAUGGGGACCUCGGCCAUUGAACUCGAUGGGUCAGUCACACGGACUAACGAUACGUCUUUGUUCUGGGCUAUCAGAGGUGGUGGGGGAGGCACGUGGGGUGCGGUGUUGACUUUCACUUUCAAACUUCACUACGCCCCUGAGAGGUUCCGUAAUGUACAAGCUCAGUGGAUUCUCAAAGCUGGGACUGUUGAUAGUUUCGGUAGGGAGACGCUGAAGUUUGUUCUGAGGGAAGUUGCCAAGUUGUGUCCCAACUGGGGUGGGUAUUUCAUGCUGUCUGGGGAUAGUAUUCCUAACACGAUUUACUCAGAAGUCUUGACGGUCUUUUUUAAUCACUUUGGAUCCGAUAGCGACCCUUGCAACAAAGAUAUCGAUGCUCUUCUCAACUUCAACGUCAGCGGGAAUCAGGUCACGAGAAAGGACAUUAGCUAUCCCACGUUCUUGGGCUACGAGAAGACGGCUAUAGACGCGGCUUACAGCAACACGUAUAUCGUGAACACGUUCGUGCAGCCGUCCACGAUAACCGACGAGAAGAAACUGGACGAGCUGGUCGACAUCUUCAUACAUCUUGACCUGACCCGAGGCGGCUGUACUGGAGCUCUGAUAGGCGGCGCUGCCAGUAAAGUUCAACCGGAAACGACCCCUGUGAACCCGUACUUCCGGUCUGGACUAAUGUCCUUGUCAUGUGGGGUCAGCUGGGAUAGCUCCAAAGUCCUCAACGGUAGCGCGUACAUCGACAUGUCCAGGAGGCUGGGUUUGAGCUUGAGGAAGGUGGCUACAGGUGUGUACUUCAAUGAGUGUGACGAGGACUUGACAGACUGGAAGACCAUGUUCUGGGGCAGCAUGACCAACUACUGCAAGCUCAAGGCCAUCAAGCAACGCGUAGACCCGGACCAUUUCCUGUGGUGCCACAACUGUGUCGGGUCCGACUUCCAGACAGACGACUGCACGCACGGACUCACCAUGCCAAUCAUAGGGUAGAAAAACACAGUUCGCGAAAAUUUCCUCGACGAGACCACACUAUGCGAGUUGUUGAGGAGAAUAAAUUAUACGUAAGGAUUC